CCCCAAACUCCUAGUUAGACCAAUAAUGAUUACAGCUCACCUACACCUCUUCUCCAGGGACUUGUGCAGGGACUCAACACCAAUAUUAAAGGGUGUGAGUUACUGUGAUGACAUCAUAAAGGAUUAGUGGAAACCCUAUUAACGGGUAAGCUGGCAGUGGUACCAUGUCUCUAGUGCUGGGCAGGCUCUGCGUCUCCUACAGGAGCUGCCUCUGGAGGUCACUGUCUGGAUGCCAGGAAGCUCUGGAUAGAUUCUGUUGCCCUGGUCGUCAGGGGGCAAGUCUUCACACAUCUAUCGUAGCCUCAGCUGGGCAUAAUAAAUGGUCAAAAGUGAAGCAUAUAAAAGGUCCGAAGGAUGCAGCCAGGGCACGUCUGUUCGCCAAGCUCAGCAUGAUGAUCAAAGUGGCAGUAAGAGAAGGAGGACCACACCCUGACUUCAAUCCGCAGUUGUAUCAACUAAUUGAGCAGGGCCGGCAAAGGAACAUGCCAAAAGUGUCCAUUGAGGCUGCUAUUAAGGGAGCGGAUAAAUCUAAACCCACAUCCUAUGCGCUGCUUCAGGCUAGAGGGCCCGGUGGAUGUUCCCUCAUUAUUGAACUCUUGACUGAUAACACCAGUCGCUCUUUUGCAGAUCUCAGGCUCCUGCUCAACAAAAAUGGCGGAACUCCCACUGAUGCAUUGCACUGCUUUAACAAAAAGGGGGUUGUGACCACCCAGACUCAAGACCGAGAUGGCAAACCUGUGCAGAUGGAGCAGGCUCUUGAUUUGGCGAUUCAAUCCGGAGCUGAGGAUGUGCAAGAAUUUCAGGAUGAGGAGGAGGAGACGGAUGUGUAUAAGUAUAUCUGUGAUUUAUCGUCACUACGAGAUGUCCGUAGCCAACUGAUCUCCUUGGGAUUAGUGCCCAUCUCCUCUGGGCUGGAGUAUUUGCCUAUUACCACUGUAGAACUCUCAGAUGCUGACAAAGAAAGGGUCUUCAAACUCUUGGAACUGAUCAAAGACCAACCGGAUGUCAUGCGGAUCUAUGACAACAUAGAAUAACAGUCACCCUCAGGAGGGGUGGCCGCCACUCACAACUCGGUGUAAGGAUCCUCACUGCCCUAAUGGCUUCAGCUGUGAACUCCACAUAGGUUCUAAGUUUAGUUUCUCACAAGGAUCUGCAUGGACUCCAUUGUCACCCAGCUACUAAAAGGCAUAUGUCUAGUUAUGCAACGGUACAGCUUAGCAUCUUCUCUAAACAAUGCAGUGGUGGGUUGAAAUGGAUGUCUGUCUGCUUUCCAGGAAUGAUGGUCAAGUCAGUUUAAUUAAAGGAAAACACCAGGCAAAACUAAUAUCGUUUUUAUAUACUUCUAUAUGGGACAGAGAAAUAAGGGAAGAAUCAUUGUGCCAUGCUCUACCGCCUUAUACCCUGCACUAGGUAUAACACAGUGUAUAAGUUUAGUUUGGAGUGUUUCUUUAACAGGAAAGGCUCACUCAAUGACUUAUGGAUCUUAGUGAAUAUUAAAGUGUACCUGUCAUUUAAAAAAAAAAAACUUUGAUAUGUCAUAGCAAAAGUUUUCAUCAGUCAGGGUCUGAGUGUUCAGACCUCGACUGAUCACAGGAACAAGUUUUUAAAUGUUUUUAUUUUUAAGGCAGGUAGACUUUAAAUAUAAUUUAUUAUGGAUUAUAACACAAUUUUAACCCUGUAAAGACCACACAAUCUGACAGUAAAAAAUUAAAUGAAAGUAAAAAA